AUGUGGCAGUUAUUGCAUAUGCAGCCUUGUCAGCUUAUGCGACAACGGUUGGUCUCAUUUAAAAGUAAUGGCCACUUGGCAAAUAUUAUAAAAAACAAACCAUCAGAGGCAGUUAAAAGGUAUUUUUCAAAUCCUAAAACUGCGGCAGAAAAGGAUGUGAAAACUAGUGUUCUACUUUUUAUUAGCCCCUGGAAGCUGUGCACAGGUGUUAGCUUAGGGUUAACAGCACGUCUAUUAUAUAAUAAUGGCAUUGUAUAUUGUAAAGCCCUUCCAUCAAGAAUUAUACAGCGUAGGCCAAAUAUCCAUGAAGACAGUGCUAAGUUUGACUGGAAAAGGUUUUGGGAGUACCUUCUCCCUCAUAAAUGGCUUUUAGCUGCAGCUGUUGCGUCUGCACUAGCCGUUGCCUUCCUUAAUGUCUACAUUCCUGCAAUGUUGGGAGUCAUAGUAAACAUAUUAGCAAGUAUGAGAACAAAUCCUUCAGUUGAUUUCCUGGAAGAGAUAAAGAUGCCUGCUUUGAAAAUGAUCUCAUUGUACAUUGGGCAAGCAAUAUUCACAUUAUUUUAUAUUCAUUUAUUAGCCCAAGUAGGUGAAAGAGUAGCGGCACAGAUGAAACAAGACUUGUUUGUGUCAAUACUUCAACAAGACAUGGCAUUCUUUGACCAGGAGAGAACUGGAGAACUUGUUAAUAGGAUAACAGUUGAUGUGCAGGAUUUUAAAAGUUCUUUUAAGCAAACAAUAUCUGGUGGUUUGAGAGCAAUUACUCAAGUGGUAGGAUCUGCAGUAAGCCUUCUAGUGAUAUCUCCACAUCUAACAGGCAUGACUAUGCUGUGUGUGCCGUCAGUUGUUAUAGGUGGUACAUUUAUAGGGUCUCUACUAAGGAAAUUGUCUCGAGAUGCGCAAGCGCAGAUAGAAAAAGCAACGUUAGUAGCAGAAGAAGCUAUAGCUAACGUGAGAACGGUACGAGCGUUUGCUGGCGAAGAGAAUGAAGCGAAGUUGUUCGCAGAAGAGUGCAAUGUUGCUGCUGAUCUUAAUAUGGAAUUGGGUCUUGGUGUUGGCUUGUUUCAGGCUGGGACUAAUUUGUUUUUAAAUGGUAUGGUAUUAGCGACGAUGUUUCUAGGGGGGCACUUCAUGUCAACGGGGCAGAUGUCGGCCGGUGACGUCAUGGCGUUCCUCGUCAAUGCCCAAACUGUGCAGAGAUCUGUGGCACAGAUAUCUCUAUUGUUUGGCUCUGUGGUGAAGGGACUCAGUGCUGGUGGGAGAGUGUUUGAGUACAUAAAUAAGAAGCCUCAAAUGGACACUUCAGGUACAAAAACUAUUAAGUAUCACGAGUUCCACGGCGAUAUCGAAUUCAAAGAUGUCACAUUCGCGUAUCCUACGAGACCAGAAGCUAUAGUUCUGCAGAAUUUGAAUUUGAAGAUACCUGCAGGGAAGACCAUAGCCAUAGUGGGUACGUCCGGUAAUGGCAAAUCUACGAUCGCUGCUCUAUUAGAAAGAUUCUACGAUGUAAAUGCAGGCUCAGUUACCAUAGAUAAUAUAGAUGUCCGCGAUUUCGAUUGUCGUUGGCUUCGAGGCAGGGCGAUAGGGAUUAUAAGUCAAGAGCCGGUGUUAUUUGCAACUACUGUGAAGGAGAAUAUCAGAUAUGGAAGACCAGAUGCUUCGGAUGCUGAGGUAUACCAAGCAGCUAAAACAGCGAAUGCCGACGAUUUUAUCCGCAACUUUCCCGACGGAUACAACACGAUGGUCGGGGAGAGGGGCAUGUCACUCAGCGGCGGACAGAAGCAGAGGAUAGCUAUAGCGAGGGCGGUCCUCAAGAAUCCUCCUGUCAUGAUAUUGGAUGAAGCUACCAGUGCCUUAGAUUCAGCAAGCGAGAAAGUUGUCCAGACAGCGUUGGAAACAGCAUCCAAAGGCCGCACAGUGCUGGUGAUCGCUCACAGACUCUCGACAGUCAUGAAUGCUGAUCUUAUCGUCGUAUUGAAUAAGGGCAAGAUUGUUGAGAUGGGCACGCACGAGCAGUUGAAGAAACAAAAAGGACACUAUUGGAACUUAAUAAAACAACAGGACCAAGAUACAGAGUCUAAAUCAUUA